AUGUUAUUUAUUGUUUUUUCGGAAUUAUCUGAUUCAACAUCGCAUGCUAUGAAUGAUAUUAUUGAUUUAUCGGUGAUACUUGUCGGAUUUAUUUACUUCAUAUCUGGUUUUUUUGGUUAUUUAGCUUUUUUUUCAAUCUAUGAAUUUAUUCCCGGAAAUAUAAUGCAAAUAUUUCCAAAAAAUUUAUUUCAACAAAUAUUCUUAUGGGGUUUUAUACUUAAUUGUACGACUGGUAUUCCAUUUAUGGUUAAUCCUACACGCGGAAGUUUAUUUACAUUAUGGAAUGAUCGACAACAACAAUCUCUUUUUGGUGAACGUCAUAUUAUUCCUCGACGAUUAUUUAUUAUAUUUACAGCAAUUGUCGUUUUUUUACCAACAUUUAUUGCAAUAUUUAUACCAAAUCUUGAAUUUGCAUUAGCGUUAACAGGCGCAACAAGUGGACAAUUAAUCUGUUAUAUACUUCCUGCAAUAAUUACUCUUCAUGUUAUGCCCAAUGGAAUAGAUACUCUCAAAACAAAAGCAUUAAUGAUACUUGGAGUAAUUUCAUUAAUUAUUUGUACCAUAAUGACAUUUGAAAAAGAAAUUGUAGAUAACAAUUGUAUGUAA